UCUAUGUAAAGAUGUGGCACUGAAAAGCAAUCCUACUCUCUGGGGAAAUAUCAGUACUGUUGAUAAUGACCAAGAAGUUUAAACCCUCUUCCUUCCCCAAACAAACAAGUGUGCCCUCUAAAAAAUUAGUUUUGAGCCAGAAUGUUGCUAAAGAUAUGCACUUAAUGGGUUAUGUGCUGUGUUUUAUCACUCUACACAAUGUCACUCUACACAACGGGCACCUUCACAGUAUUCAUAAAGAAGCAGCUUUAUUUGCAGUUCUAGUUCUGACUUACAGACCUCUUUUAUCAGCAAUUAAACAGGGGACCCAAAUACGUGGUUUUCUGAGAGAGACUCUAAAGAUGACUGUUCACGGAAUAUUCUGGAGCGUGUCCCUUUACAUUCUUCCAUCUAUAUCUACUCUAGUUCUCACCCCUAGUGGACUUUCUCUCAUACCUUUGGCAGUAUUGGCGUUACUGUUGACCGAGAAACCACCUAACGUUAUACCAGUCUCUCCUAAUAAGUCAGCAGGGCCCGAGGAGAUACGAAAAUACAGUGAAGCGUUGCUUAGCAACCUGAAAAAGAGGAUGCAGUUUGUUGGUAUCAAUAUUCUCUGCUACGCUUACGUGGCUUGUUACCUUCCCUUUACAUUCAACCAGAGUAAUACGGUGGUAAAACAGAUGAACUGUUUAAAAACACAGCGAAUAACUUCGCUCAUUCACAUCGCAGUUCUACUUGUAAUUCAGGUGUUGCCGAUAGACUUUAUUAUAAAAUUAACGGGAGCAGCUAAUCUGUUGGGAAGAUGGCAAUCUGCCGUGCUAUCAGAUCAGAUCCACUCGCUACCCGAGUGGAAAGAUAACGUUGAGUGGGAACAGGAGAGUAUAGUGAGAUGGGAAGAUAAGACCUACUUAGCUAUCUCCCCCUCCGUUACAGCACACCCCUCAUACUACCCGCACACAUUCCUAUACGUCCUCUUCGACAAGUCCUUCAAAAUACUCAAGAUCCUCACUCUUUUUGAGGGUUUGUUAGUAGCAGUGCUGUUCUACCAGUCACUGUCCCUGAAAUAUUUCCAACAGUUCCUUCCCUCCUCCCUCCUCCUCUUCUUACAUCUACACACCAUCAUGUCUCUAGCUAGUGAUGCCAAACAUCUUAAUUCCCGUGCUAAAGCUAUCUGAUCACUGGUCACUGUUGUGAAAUGUUGAGUGGUUAGUUUCCACUAAACGCACAACCCCCUCCCUUCCUCAAGCACACGUGCAGCUGAGAGAAGCAGAGUUGAGCGCAAGCUUUUGGGGCUCACUUUGAGGCUGUGUAUUCAUCAAGGCAUUGAGUGACUAGAGACUUGAGAGGUUCCGGGUAUAUUUCCAUUUUCCAUAUUUAGCUUCUCCGACACUUUCAUUGGAGACAGUUUAAAAUUAACAUUUGUUUACUGUAUUUUCAAUACUUUACCUUAUUUUAUUGUCACGUAUUUGAAGUUGUUGAUUAUUUUUAGUUUUACUAAUCACAAGAAAUGUAUUUUAAUAUCAAUUUGAAUAAUUAGUACCUUGCUAAGAUAAAAAACAUAUUUUUUGAGAAUAUCAGUCAAAAUUAUCCAAAUCAGAACAUCUUAAUUCAUCAAAACUGUUUAUAUGUACAAUUGUUUUAGGGCAUUUUCCCGGUUUGUCAUCCUCUUAAACCUUUAAACGUAAGAAUCAACAUUAGUAUCUUGGUAUUACUAUUAACCAGUAAACAAACGUUUAACUUUAAUA